CGUGAGCUGCUGCAGACUGCGCGAGCGAGAGAGCUGCUGCUGCUCCGCCAGUGUGCGAAAAGCUAGUGCUAUUCAGUCUGUGCGCGCCAGCAGUUCGCGUCGCGCACGUAAGUUGGCCAUAUUUCUUAUACAAUAGCUAUAUACGCAAAAGCUGUGUCUCUGUCGCUCUCGCACAACCUCGGCCCGUGUAUAAUAAUACGAGACGACACACCGACACGCUUGGCGAUCGCCCCCCGAGCCCCCUAUAUAGCCGACUCUGCUCCCAGUGCCUAGUGAGUACAAGUAUAUAGUGCCCAGUGUGUGUACAGCAUUUGGCCGUGUUGCAAUUUUACUACACAACACACAUCCAUUCACUUUCUCCGAGUGUGUGGUGGCUCUCGUGCGCUAUAAUACACAAGCUCAACACAUAUACCUACGACGCGUGUAUAGCCAAUAGCCAUACGCGCAGGCAGCAAAGCAAAGACAGUCGGACGGACACGGACGUACGUAUACGCAGACGUGUAGGGUGUUUGCCUACGAAACCGACGCAGUUCGAGAGCCGAGCCCCAGCUGCGUCCAUGCGAACGAGACGUCCAACGCACACGAGUUUGUUGUUUUUACCAGGAGAGAAUCGUCAAAAUUUCGCCGUGCGGGCGCGCGAGCUCGCCCAAGUGCCCCGACUUCUCUUCUGUGCCGUGGUGUGCGUGUGACUUUGCAGUGUGAGUGAGUGUCUGCUGCUGCUGAACUGACUGCUCCGAUAUACACGACCGUACGUCACCAGGCGUGUAUGCGACUCUCGGCUCUCCUCCGAUUUUUGCAGUGUUCGCGCGCGUGUGUGUGUGUGCAUCGCGCAGCAGCUGCACUCGUAGACAUAUCGUAACGUAUAUAUAGUGCUGUGCACGAGGGCGUCUGUCAUUCCUCCGCUGCUGCAGGUCGUAGCGAUAGUCGAAGAUUCCAAGUUUCUCUCCAAGAGCAUCCAGUGAGUUCGUCGCUCUUCGGCUGCUGCUGCACUCGCGACUUUCGAACGACGAAACUCGACCACUGCUGCAAUCAUCGACUCCGUGUGUCAGCGUGUGCGAGUGCAUUUGCAUGCUCGCUCCUCGCCGAGGCAUAUCGGCAGCGAGCUCACCUGCACCUAUCCGCGAUACAGCACUGCGGGAAAGUGCGAGAAGGAUAAGUGUACGCAUAUAUAGGCGUACGUGUGUAUUUUGUGCUACACGCGCGUGUGUGUGAGCGUAAUGCUCUCCGUGCUAGAGCGUUAUAGUGGUUGGAGCGCGCGUGUGUGAAUGUGCCCGUCGUGUGUGUAUAGCAGCCAUUUGCACGCGGAAUCCGAGGAAUUCGACUGGCAAAGGAGUCGUGUCGUCGUGCAGCCGACCUGUGUGCAGUGUUUUGUUUCGCCUUGCACUACGCGAAUCCGCGCCUCCUCGAGUUUGCCGUUAUUGUUGUUGUCGUCGUCCUCCCGAGUCGACUGCUCGAUUAUUGCCGAGCCAGCAUAAUACAGCCUGUAUAGCAGCAGGAGGCAUAGUGCAUCGGAUUCGCCGUUCGCGUCUGCUACUCCUCGCAGCAACACGACUAGCAGUUGAAUAAAAAAAUCAUAGCUAUGCAGCUGAUCAGAUGACUGGAGUGGCGCGGAUCAAGCUAUCCAUACGAUGAGCGAGAUCCUAGCGGUGCAGCCACCGCUGCCGCGCUCGGCGACGAGCGGCGGAGGCAGCGGCGCUCGCAUCCAGCACGGCCCGCCACCGACGACGCCGAUUAAUAAUGGCAAUUUCGUUGCCGGUGCUGCUGCAGCUAAUACCACUACUGGCACCACCGCUACUGGGACACAUCUCAAGCGUGGCAAAUUGAGCGCUUGCAACGUGCCACUCGUGCACGGCAAGCAACCACAGCCCGGAGCCGCGAGAAGAUUGUCCACGCAUCAGCGUAAUCACAGUCUUGACUUCAGAUCGAUGGGCAUACUGCUGCCGCCGGUGCCGCAAGUUACGCAAGCACAGGUGCAAACGACGAUGACCCUUCAUCAUCGGAAUCGCAGCUUGGACUCGGCACUGCAGCGCAUACCCGAGGUCGACGUCACGCCCAGUCCGGAGUGUGAGUCGAAUCCAGCCGGCGGCCCGGUCUCCUGCUCCAAUCACGUCAACGGACCCGUGCCGAUCAAACGCAGCCGCGAACGCGAAGAUCUGGCCAGUUUGGGUUCCGACGACUCGGGCAUACUCUGCGGCUCCGACAGCGGUUCCAGUGAUAAUGCCAACGUCAAUACCAGAGAAUCGAGUGCAGACCACUUGCACAGCCGUGAAAGUUUGGAUUCGACGUUAUCCCAUACUGGUGACACCGAUGUCGACGUGGUGGAUGGCGAUUUGUCCGCCCUGUCGCUCGUCGCACCGACAACCGUUGCCGUGUCAUCGAUUCAUCCGAAACUCAUACCGGGCAAGGCUCUGUUGAACGUUUAUCCGAAAACAACGGAGCAAUCUCAACAGCAGCAACAGCUCGAACAGUCGGUACCACCAAAACAACAACAACAACUGCCAGAGUAUCAAGGCACGUUAGAUUUAGUCGCUGUACCAGCUACGCGGGAUCUAGCUGGCGCAGCCAUGACGUUGUGUUGUGGUACGGGACAGCCUGAGGACGAAGACAAACCUAAACCAAAAGUGAAAAGGCAGCAAGAGACGGCGCAGCCUAAACCUUCGGAGGGAUGCUUACUCAGAUUGUUCGAGAGUCAAGUUUUUGACAUGUCCAUGGCUAUCUCAUAUCUGUUCAAUUCCAAAGAACCUGGAGUCCAAUCUUAUCUUGGUAAUAAGUUAUUCAGUUUUCCGUAUGCAGAAUUAGAUUUUUACCUACCACAGUUGGUUUUAAUGUAUAUACAAUUACACGAUGUCACGGAAGUUUUAUAUCCGUAUCUAGUGCAUAGGUGUCGACUUUCUGUAGAUUUUGCGUUGAAAUGCGCUUGGUUACUUGAUGCGUACAGUUCAGAAGCACAACUAACAUCUAAGAAAAAAUCACAUGGAACCAAGUUGAAAACUUUUAUUUUGUCGGAUGGACUUAGACCAAAGGAUAAUAAACGUUUACCGAUAUUGCAAGUUCCGUCGGUCGCAGCUUUGUCUGCUGGGCAGUCGUUAGUUUCACCUAAUAAAAAAACCCACCAAAGAUCUCAAUCUGAUGCUACUGGGCUAUUUCAAAGCUUACGUCGCAAUCAACCCGGUAAAAUAAAAAACAAAAUUAGUCUUGGAGAUUUAAGUUCUGGGCGAGCAUUCGACAACGGAUGUACCUGCUUUGAUUCCUGCCAAGGAGUAGUCAACGAUUUGAGGGGUCAAAAGACUGACUGCGUUUGCAAUGCACCUCGACUUGCGCCUGAGCUUGAGUUCAUUGGAGCGCUGAUAACAAUUGGCAAAUUGUUAAGCACGAUUCCUACAAAAGAGGGUAAAACUGCGAGGCUUAUUGCUGAAUUAAAUCUACUUAAUCUUAAUUUACCGGCAAGGGUUUGGGUACCACUGCACUCAACAGUGCCUCAUCACAUUGUUCGCGUACCACCCCAAUAUGCGGCUGUACUGAAUAGUAAAGACAAAGCUCCUUAUAUUAUAUACGUUGAAGUUCUUGAAGUAGAUGAUUUGUAUACAUCACCAGUGCCAACUAAAAUAAUGGGAAGUUCUUUAAGACACACCAAAUCUGAAGAAAAUCUAACAAAUGGUGAACAAUCAUCUGGUCAACAAAAUGUGCCAACUGAAGAUACGCCACAAACUACUACAAAGCAAACCCCGGUCAGGACAGGACAUGGAAGAAAUCCAGAUGUUAUGUUUAAUUUCAUUGAUGAUGAUCCCAAUGAUUGUUGGAGUCAAGAAGAUGAUGAAAUAACACAGCAGUACCUGCAGUUAAAAAAAUCGAAAGAUCGAGAUACGAUAUCGCAAAUGAGCCAAGAAUCAUCUGACAGUAGAGAACCAGUAUUUGUUCCCGGGGAUGUCAAACGGCGAUUAAAUGAAAUAGCUUCGGCACCCAAUAAAACACCUUUCCAUCAUGAUCCAGAUGAUCCCUCUGCUGCAGUACUCAAAGAACCUUGGGAGCAAAAGCAAAAACGUAUCAAAUCGUCAAGUCCUUAUGGCCAUUUAGCUUCGUGGCGUCUUCUUGCUGUAAUCGUAAAAUGCGGAGAUGAUUUGCGUCAGGAAUUACUUGCUUCGCAGUUACUCAUGAUGCUUCAGAAAGUCUGGCAAGAAGAAAAUAUACCCUUGUGGUUGAGACCGUACAGGAUUCUUUGCCUUUCGAACGAUAGUGGUUUGAUAGAGCCAAUUCUCAACACAGUGUCGCUGCAUCAACUGAAAAAAUUAAAUUGUCAAAUGACUCUGCUGCAAUAUUUUGAGCAAGAGUACGGUCCUAUUGAUUCAGAACCCUUCCGCAUCGCACAAAAAAAUUUCGUCCAAAGCUGUGCGGCCUACUGCCUACUCAGCUAUUUGAUCCAAGUUAAGGAUCGUCACAAUGGUAAUAUUUUACUACAUAGUGAUGGUCACCUCAUACAUAUCGAUUUCGGUUUCAUCCUGUCCACGUCUCCUCGAAACUUGGGCUUUGAAACCAGUCCUUUCAAGCUCACACCCGAAUUUGUUGAAGUAAUGGGUGGAAAAAACUCAGAAAUGUUUGAUGAGUUUAAAUCACUUAUGCUCAAAGGAUUUAUUGCUGCGAGAAAGCAUUUGGACAAAAUCGUCAACCUUGUUGAAAUCAUGAUAUCAGGUGUGCAGUUGCCCUGUUUUAGAAACGGUGGUGCCUCAACAGUUCAGGGUCUUAAAAAUCGUUUUCAUUUGACUCUAACAGAGGAUCAGCUGCGCAGACAUGUUGAUGAUCUAGUGGAAAGUAGUCUUCAUUCUUGGUCAACGAAACUUUACGACCGGUAUCAAUACUUUGCGAAUGGCACGCUCUAAGAAGACUCUGUUCCUACAAAGUAGCGAGUUUUGACUCACAUAUAAUUAUUCGCACAUCCGUCAGAUUUCAAUAAGAGUUUAAAGAACAAAUCAAUUCUACGUAAAAAAUUCAACUUCGUUGCAUUCCAAAAAUGAUUAUAUAGUAGCAGAGAAAAGUACCUAUAUCGAUAAACAUUGGGCCAAGACUGAAAUAUUUAGCUAUGUCCUUGCGCCGCGACUUUAGCUUCUCACUCUAGGAAAUUCAAAUCAAUGCAAUUAAAUUUUAUUUAUGGCGAAAAAUAAUAUAUUAUCUAUGUAUAAUGUAACGCAUGUAAAAACAUAGACUUAUUGUAACGAAAGAUUUCUAUAGACGUUAAUUAGAAGUACCAUCGAAAUGAUUGAUCAGCGGUAGAUGAUGAAUCACGUUUAUUAUACAAUUGACGGUAGUUUCAAAGAUGAACAAAAAGUGUAUACGCAUUCGUGGAAAUACAUAGGCUUUUUGGUAUGUAUGCAUUUCUGACUGACUAAUAAUUGCGCACUAAAUGUUACGGAUCGACAUGAAGUUGUUUAUCAUCUGUAGAUUUCUAGGAAAUUUUAGAGUCUACUGUUGACAAAUUAAUUUGUUGAAGGUGCCUUACACGUAAAAACACAAAUUGUGGAAUCAGUGAAAUUAAUGGAACGUUGAAGAAUUCAAAGUAUAAUACAGUGCAGUGAUUGAAUUGACCGUUGUGUAUAAAAUGGACAAUCUGCAAAUUGUAUAUACUGUCAUUAAUUUAGUUAUAAAUAAAUCAUCAGUAUGUAGAAACAUUCGGUAGAUAAUGACCUGAUGAAAAUGUGUAAGCCCAUGUUAAAUGUGUCUCAAUAAUUUGACAGGGUGAAAAAUGUUUAAUAAUGGAGGUGAAUACUCAACAUAUUUCCUACUUUAUAUAUAUAAUUACAUGUAUAUAUACUGUAUGUAUAAUAAACGAAAAAAACCGUUGGUGUUGCUGUUAUCAUCUUUUAGAAGAAAUAACAGUAAUAUUAUCAACGAAGUUUUCAAAUUACAGUCGUAAAUUUUUAUAUGAUCUUAAAAAUAGAUAAUUUCAUAUAGUUUUAGCUCAUAAGAAGCGCCAAUAUUAGCGUCUUUGUUCGGUUAGAAUAAAUAUCUAACAAAGAAAGAUGAGCCAAAAUAUGCGCUAUAUCAUUCUCGUGUAUGUCUAAACGACUUAUUAUUAAAUUAUGCUUAAAAGUUUAAAUGAAAAUAACUAUUGUAAAUAAACUAAAUUAAAAUUGAUUGUUUAAAAUGUAACAGCAGAUGAAUGUGCAAAGCUUGAUCGCGAGUCAUGUGAAAAGACAAGUCCAAAAUUAUAUUGAUGAAGCGUUUCAUCAACUUCUGGUGACUGAAGUGUCUUAUCAUUUUUUUAUUUUCAUUGUUUCAUUGAUUGACAAAAAAAUUAACAGUGUUAUUGAAAUAAAAAAUGUACAUAAGAUAAAUUUAAUCAAUGAAAAAAAUUCUAUUCGAGAUACAUGUUCAUAAUUCCAUGGCUAUUUGAGAGAACGUUUCUUAUAGUUUUAAUUUAGUUACUUCGUUGUUUUUGAUCUGCGUCGUUCUUUUGCAUAAUAACAAGCUAUUACUGACAUUGAAUAUUAAAUAAAAAAAUCAUAAUUGA